UUCACGACCCUAUGAUUAUGAAUAUUUAAUUGCUACCGAUUCGAACCGCUUUUGUUUAUUUCAAUUAGGCAAGCACCAUCAACUACAUUGUGUUCGUGAACGGUGGGUGGUCGUGGAGAUCAGAUCGGUAGCCUCAGACUAAACAACGAGCCGAUUUCAUACAAAGGGCCAACUCCACUGCGUUGUGAAAGUGAGAGUGCAUGAACCCUGAACCCUAGAUCAUCACUGUUCAGCGUGAUGGUCCCCACAGCGGGUGACGGCGAGGGGCCGCUGUUGCCUGCCUUCUACGCCGGGCGCUCCAUAUUCAUCACUGGAGGCACCGGCUUCCUCGGGAAGGUCCUGAUAGAGCGCUUGCUGUGGACGUGCCGCGACAUCGGACAGCUGCACGUGCUGCUUCGGAGCAAGCGAGGACGCGCCGCCGCCGACAGGCUCGACGAGCUCAAGCAGUCACAGGCGUUCGACGUGAUCCGCGCGGAGUGUCCGCGGCAGCUGGACAAGCUCCGCGCGGUGGAGGGCGACGCGACGCUGCCUCGCCUCGGCCUCGACGAUGCCUCCGUCACACAACUGCAAGAGGUAUCGGUGGUGUUCCACAGCGCGGCGAGCGUGCGGUUCAGCGAGCCGCUGCCGCGCGCGCUCGCGAGCAACGUGUACUCCGUCGAAGCGCUGCUGCUACUGUGCGAUCAGCUGCCCAAGCUACAGGCGCUAGUGCAUGUUUCGACGGCGUUCAGCAACGCGGAGCGGCGACACGUCGGCGAGCGCGUGUACACCACACACGUGCCUCUACACGCCGUACGCGCGCUGCCCGACACGCUGAUGCGUGACGUCACACACAGGCUGAUCGUGCCGAAGCCGAACACGUACGUGUUCUCUAAGGCGCUGGCGGAGUGUGUCGUGCAGGAGCACGCCGACACAGCGCGCUACGCCGCCGCCAUCGUGCGACCCUCCAUCGUGGUGUCGGCGCUGAGGCAGCCUCGUCCCGGCUGGACGGAGAGCUCGGCGGGGCCGGGCGGCGUGGUGCUGGCGUGCGGCAAGGGGCUGCUGCGCGCGUUCCUGGUGGAGGGAAGAGCUCGCGCUGACCUCGUGCCGGUCGACAUCACCGCCGACACCAUUAUCGCCGUCGCCUGGGAGACCGCCACACAACGGCAAGAGACGCGUUCGGUCCGCGUGUACAACGUGUGCGCGCAAGACAACCGCGUGUCGUGGCGGAUGUUCCGCGCGGUUGCGCUGCGGGCGGUGCGGGAGCAUCCGCUUGACGGCGUGCUGUACUACCCGACGCUCGUCGCCUUCCGCAACUGGUACCUGUACAAGUUGUUGGAGCUGGUGCUGCAGACAGUUCCGCUGCACAUCGCCGACUGCGUCACGCGGGCCUGCCGGAUACCCAUGAAAGUACGUCUGUCAUCAGUUCCCGCUCGGCUGCGUGACAUGUCGGGGGCGCUGUCAUACUUCGCGACGCGCGAGUGGCGCUUCGACUCACACAACGUGACGCGUCUGCACGAGCGACUCACCCAAGCCGACAGGGAGAUGUACAACCUGGAUGUUAACACUAUCGACUGGGAGGAGCACCUGACAGACUUCGUGAAGGGAGUGCGAGCCUACCUGCUGCGGGAGAGUGACGCCGACCUGCCGCAAGCUCGCCGACAUAUGCACAGACUGCGCGUGGUGCACCGCGCCGUGCUGCUGGUCGCGCGCGCCGCACUCUGCGCUCUGCUCGUCUACAUAGCACUCGCCUUGUACCACGGGAUCACCUCAUGACGGAACACCACCAUACACUACAGCUAUUUAUCCUAUAAUUGAGAGAUGUAUUUAAAUAUGUAUAUUUUUGUAUUAGAUUAAAUACUAAAGUGGCUAAUUUAAGUAAAAUUAAAUGAAACAUUUAUGAAA